AUGGAUUUCAGUUCCUCAUCAGUGUUUGAUCAGCACAAAGGUAAGUCACUCCCUGCAGGUGAUGCAGCAGAAGAGAUUGACUUGACUGUGGUUUACCAAGCAGCAGCUAAUGGUGAUGUGAACACACUAACUGCAGUGAUUCAAGAAGAUCCUUCCAUCCUGGAGUGCUGCGACACCGAGGGUUGCACACCUUUGAUGCAUGCUGUGUCAGGACGCCAGGUUGAUACAGUGAAGCUUCUGUUGAAGAUGGGAGCCAAUAUUAAUACUCAAGAUGCUUGUGGACGUACCAGUUUAUCUCUGGCAACUUAUCUGGGCUGGCUGGAAGGCUGUGUCAGCCUGCUCAGAAACGGUGCUAAGCAAAACAUACCUGACAAAAAUGGAAGGUUGCCACUACAUGCUGCUACUGCAGAGCCUGAUGUGAGGCUUCUGAACAUACUUUUGCAGCAGUCAAAUCUUAGUGAAAUUAAUCAUCAGGAUAAUGAGGGAAUGACUUCACUCCACUGGGCUGCUUUCCAUAACAGGCCCCAGCACACUCAGACUCUGUUGUACAAGGGAGCAGACCUGACUCUGGUGGACAAAGACUGCAAAACGCCUCUGCACUGGGCAGUACAGAGUGGCAAUAGGAUUCUGUGUUCCAUCAUUCUGGACCACUACCAGGGACCAUCAAUAAUAAACUAUGACGACGAGAAUGGCAAAACAUGUAUGCACAUUGCUGCUGCGGCAGGCUACAGUGAUAUUAUCAGCGAGCUGGCUAAAUUCCCGGAGUGCAACCUGCAGGCCCUUGAUGAGGAUGACAGGACACCUUUGCACUGGGCUGCAGCAGCAGGCAAAGCUGACUGUGUGCAAACACUGCUAGAGCUGGGGAUAAACAGCAGUCCUCGAGACAUCAAUGAAAACACUCCUCUGACAUAUGCAAUGUACUGUGGGCACACAGCAUGUAUCAAGCUGCUGUCUCAGGAGAGCAGCAGACCUGAGCCAGUUCACCAUUUUCCCUCACAGAGCAACAGACUCCUAAAGAAAGAGGGACGAUUUGGUAUGCUGAACCACAUCUUCUCUUGCAAAAAUAAGAAAGAUGAUCAGAAAACCAGUCUGAAGGAGAGAUGCAGAGACCAAUACCCAAGAGAAGAGACCUCAGAAGUAGAUGACAUCAUCACCACUUUUGAUUGUAUUAUGGACACAAACUGCAAAGACGUUCUAGAUAAGAGUGUGACUACCACUGACUUUAAAAGAAGGACCACAGACCCAAGGUACCUCAUACCAGAAAAGAAGCAAUCAGAGUGUCAGGAACUUCUUCCCGUCAGAACACAGAGGCUUCCUCCAAUCACUGCAGGCAAUUCCUUCCUAACUGGUUCCCAGAGCACAAUGACAAGCUUCUCCAGUGCCAGUCCCCACCAUUUUACACACAAGUCUCAAAAGAGUAGGAGUGAACACAGCUUGCUGGACCACAGAAGCAGCUGCCAGGCUUUAUUGGAUGAUCUCUGGAAUACAGGUUCUAACCAACUAGUUUCCUGCAAAGUCUAUACUAGGACUCCUUCAGACAAACUGAUAAAUAGCUUAAACUCUAAUAGACCUCAUCAUGUGUUUUUGUGUCCUCCCCGUCUUCCCUCACUUCCCAGUUCUCCAUCAGACAAAAAUUUUCAACAGAUGUCUGUAGAACAAUCCACAAUAAAAAAUGUCACUCCCAUACGGAACUGCCUAGCUCCCAUACCCAACCACUGUGCUCACAAAAUUCAGCUACCAUCUCAGGAUGCUAAGAAGUUUAAUUCCCUGCCCUUAAAUUCCAUGAGGACUGGUACAGUUAUUCUGCCACCAGCCCCAACCUCCAGAUCACAAAAAAGGGAACAUUCUCAGAGUCGUCUGCUAUAUUCUCUCUUGCCUGGUCUAUCAGGAGAGCCUCUGAACCCAAGCCGUGUUCUACCUGCUAUCCCAAGCCAGAAGAAAUCUAAUCCUGCAGAAGAGAUUGAGAAAUCUUGUACCAAAAUAGACGCUGAAAAUUAA